UCUUAUAAUAUAGUUUUAUGGGUUUUAGUUAUCAUGCUCUAGCUAGUGUGCCAUAUAGUUGACAACCCAAAAAAAUAAUAUAUUUUUCUACCAGUACGUACUAUUUAUUCAAUAAAUAAUGUAAUUAUAUAGAAAACGCAACGAAAAGAUUCAAUAAAUGCUUCAUUAGAGCACUUCCUUCAAAGUACUCAAUCCUUCAUCUCAUCAUGCUUUCGUCUUCGUCGAUGGUGGAGCAACCAUCACGUAUCAAAAGUUCGGGAAUCAACGCCGUGUCCUCCGAUGUUUUACGUUCUAACAUCCUAACCCGUGUCGACGGUGCUUCACUCGCCGCCUUGAGCUGCACUUGCAUUAACCUACACUCUUUCUCCUCGGAAGAAUCCCUCUGGAAGCAACAAUGUUCCCUCACGUGGCCUUCUACGUUAGACGCACGUGUCCAAAGCAUCAUCUCAACGUUCCCCGCCGGUCACCGGACGUUUUUCUCCGAUUCUUUUCCGUUUCUUGAACAGAAUGGUGUGAUGAUCAAUAAUCUCCCACCGACCGUUGAAUGUACGACGGAGUUAGUCUCAGCCGUUGAUAUAUUCUACAAAGGCGAAGUGAUUUUCUCAAAGGUUCAUGUGACAGAGACUGUCUCCGGUUGGUUCCUCUGCUCUCCUAUGCGUGUUGAUCUUGUCGAGCCCAAAGAACUGAUCUCGACCAGGGUUUCGCUGGUGGAACAAUGGGAAGGUGACACGUGGAAAAGUGACUUGGAAAAUAAUCUCUCAUUGAGUUGGAUACUCAUUGACCCGACCCGUAAACGCGCGGCGGAUGUAUCAACCCGAAGACCCGUCUCCGUGGAACGUCACUGGCUGACCGGAGAAGUCCACGUAAAAUUCUCCACGGUCUUCGUCGUGGGCGAGAGGAAGAAGAAGUCGGAGGAAGUAGAGUUCAAGGUGACAGUGGUGCUGGCGGCGUUUAGCCGGAGGGGAGAGGAGAAGGCGGAGGUGCAGAUAAGGGAGGUGAGCCUAGUAGCGGAGGACAUGGAGGGAAAGAACUUAGGAGGGAAGGGUAGUUUGGUAAUCUUAGCAUCGGCUCUGGGAAUGGAACGUCGAAGGUUUCGGGUGGGAGGGGAAGAAGAAGGGAAAGAGAAGUAUAAAGAAUUCAUGGAGAGGAAGACGGGGAAGGCGGAUAUGAAGUGGCGGCGAGAGAAGGAAACGGCUAUGGAGACGGCGGCGUGCUGGAUCGCCGUCCUCUUACUUGGUUUCCUUUUGUGUUUUUAUUUGUUUAUACAUAAAAAUAUUAUGGCCAUUAUGAACAAACUGAUGAAAUAGUAUAAUAAUGUAACCAACAAAAAACAAAUCAAGUUUAAACAUACAUAUCACUUCA